CUUCCGCUUUCUUUUCCUCUCCCACCCGCUCCUCCGCCAUCACGGAGUACUGAACAAAAACCAAUGUCGAGCAAAAUGGGGAGAAGGCGAACAGCGGAAGAAAGCCAUUAACCCCCGUGACAGCACCCAGCGGAACAUGGAGCAACCCCGCGGGGAUUUAUGACAUCAUUCCACGAUGCGGACUUCCCAAUUGGCUCCUAAUGUCGCUAGAAUCGCUAACUACCGACACCGCUAAUUAGCGUGCGAUUGUGAUAGCGGCCGCUCUUGUCGCCGCUAGCUCCGUUAGCUUGACAACCAGCCAGCUAGCUGUCACCAGCGCACUCCAUGGGCCGCUUUCAUUCAUGUCGCCUGCAAUAUUCUGUCCGAUUUCCCCCGGCAGUGUCAGGAUGGCGACAAGUUUGAGUAUCGGUGUCUGCAGGCAAAAUGCAGUUUGCUCGCGCUGAGUAGGCGCACUGGGGGUGGGAGGGGGGGACCAUAAAGGGGGAGUGAGACCUACAUUUUUCCAUCCAGGCCAGUUAGCUAGCUUUGGCUAGCUACAGUGGAUACCAAAGCCACGGCGCUGGUCAUGCCUUCGAGUGUGCGGGCCGGGAGCCUGAAGGACCCGGAGGUGGCUGAGCUCUUCUGCAGGGAGGAUCCUGAGAAGCUCUUCACCGACCUGAGGGAGAUUGGACAUGGGAGUUUUGGAGCUGUGUACUUUGCCCACGACAUCCGCACCAAUGAAGUGGUGGCUAUCAAGAAGAUGUCCUACAGCGGCAAACAGUCCAAUGAGAAAUGGCAGGAUAUCAUCAAGGAAGUCAAGUUCCUCCAGAAACUGCGACACCCCAACACGGUCGAGUACCACGGCUGCUACUUGAGGGAGCACACGGCAUGGCUGGUGAUGGAGUACUGCUUGGGCUCGGCUUCCGACCUUCUGGAAGUCCACAAGAAGCCCCUCCAGGAAGUGGAAAUAGCCGCCAUUACCCACGGUGCACUGCAGGGUCUGGUCUAUCUUCACUCGCACAACAUGAUUCAUCGGGAUGUGAAAGCAGGAAACAUUUUGCUCACAGAGCCUGGUCAGGUCAAACUGGGCGACUUUGGCUCCGCCUCCAUCGUCGCCCCGGCCAACUCUUUUGUAGGAACACCUUACUGGAUGGCACCCGAGGUGAUCCUGGCCAUGGAUGAGGGUCAAUACGACGGAAAGGUGGAUGUGUGGUCACUUGGCAUCACCUGCAUUGAGCUGGCCGAAAGGAAGCCUCCUCUGUUCAACAUGAAUGCUAUGAGUGCCUUAUACCACAUCGCACAGAAUGAAAGCCCCGUGUUGCAGUCCAAUCACUGGUCCGAUUAUUUCCGCAAUUUUGUGGACUCGUGCUUGCAGAAGAUUGCCCAGGACAGACCUACCUCCGACGUGCUGCUCAAGCACCAUUUCCUAUGCAGAGAGCGUCCCAUGACCAGCGUGAUGGACCUCAUUGCGCGCACCAAGGACGCUGUCCGCGAGCUGGACAACCUUCAGUACAGGAAGAUGAAGAAAAUCCUUUUCCACGAGGCACACAAUGGGCCGGCGCCAGAAGGGGCUGACGAAGAAGAGGACGUGGAGCAGUACAUGCUGCGCACCGGCACAGUCAACAGCAUGGAAAGCUCCCACUCGCUGCCGUCCAUGUCCAUCAGCGCCAGCUCCCAAAGCAGUUCGGUUAACAGCCUGGCGGACGGCUCGGACGACAGCGGCGAGAUGGCCAUGAUGCAGGAGGGCGAGCACACCGUCACCUCCAACAGCUCCGUCCUGCACAAGCCCCUGAGCCACGACAACAUCUACGACGACCCCUACCAGCCAGAGGUGGACUUGCAGCGAGAUGCCUCUUCUGCCGGUGGAGGUGGGGCAGGAGGCGGAGGAGCAGGAGGGGGGGGAGGAGGAGGAGGAGGAGGAGGGGGGAGGCGCCGUCGAGGCCGUGACCAUUUCGCCACCAUCCGGACCGCCUCGCUCGUCACCCGCCAGAUCCAAGAACACGAGCAGGGGUCGGCCCUUCGAGAGCAGAUGUCCGGGUACAAACGUAUGCGGCGGCAGCACCAGAAACAGUUGAUGGGUCUUGAAAACAAGCUCAAAGCAGAGAUGGAUGAACACCAGCUGAGGCUGGACAAGGAACUGGAGAACCAGAGGAACAGCUUCUCUAUGGAGGGUGAAAAGUUGUGCAAGAAGCACUCGGCUAUCAUGGACAAGGAGACUAAAGCGGUCCUGACUGAGGAGAAGAAGUUCCAGCAACACAUACUCGGCCAGCAAAAGAAAGAGUUGACCGGUCUGCUGGAGUCGCAGAAACGACAGUAUCGGCAACGCAAAGAGCAACUCAAAGAGGAGCUGAACGAGAACCAGUCGACGCCGAAGCGGGAGAAGCAGGAGUGGCUGGUGCACCAGAAGGAGUGUCUGCAGCAGCACCAGGCGGAGGAGGAGUCGGGACUGCUGAGGAGGCAGAGGCAGUAUUAUGAGCUCCAGAGUCGCCAGUACAAGAGGAAGAUGCUGCUGGCACGCCACAACCUGGAGCAGGAUCUCCUCCGAGAGGAGCUGAACAAGAAGCAGACGCUGAAGGACCUGGAGUGCGCCAUGCUGCUGCGCCACCACGAGUCCACGCAGGAGCUGGAGUUCCGCCAGCUGAGUCUGGUGCAGCGUACCCGGGCCGAGCUCAUCCGCACCCAGCACCAGACGGAGCUCACCAACCAGAUGGAGUACAACAAGCGGCGUGAGCAAGAGCUGCGUCAGAAGCACGCCGUGGAGGUCCGACAGCAGCCCAAGAGCCUCAAAUCCAAAGAGCUGCAGAUCAAGCGGCAGUUCCAGGACACGUGCAAGAUUCAAACCCGCCAGUACAAAGCCCUGCGGAACCACCUUCUGGAGAACACCCCCAAAUCGGACCACAAGGCCGUGUUGAAGCGCCUGAAGGAUGAACAGACCCGGAAGCUGGCCAUCCUGGCCGAGCAGUACGACCACUCCAUCAAUGAUAUGUUGUCCACGCAGGCUCUGCGAUUGGACGAGACGCAGGAGGCCGAGUACAAGGUGCUGCGUAUGCAACUGCAGCAGGAACUGGAGCUGCUCAACGCCUACCAGAGCAAGAUCAAGAUCCAUACAGACACCCAGCACGACAGGGAGGUCAAAGACCUGGAGCAGAGGGUCUCCAUCCGACGGGCGCUGCUGGAGCAGAGGAUCGAGGAGGAGAUGUUGUCCCUUCAGAACGAGCGUUCCGAGCGCAUCCGCACUCUCCUGGAACGUCAGGCUAGUGAAAUUGAGUCCUUUGACUCUGAGAGUUUACGUCUGGGCUUCACCGGCCUGACCCUCACGGGCCUCCCGGGCGACGCCUACUCCAAACAGGGUUACCCUAACGCGCCGCCGCCGGCCCCCCGCUCCACCAGCCACUGGAGCCACGGGGUGCACCCCAUGGCCGCAGCCAUGCCGCAACCGUCGCGACGCAGCCACAACAGCAGUGGCGGAGGAGAGCGAGGGGAGCGACGGAGCGACUCCUCCUCCUCGCACUUGGCAAUGGCGCUGGCGAUGGGGAGGGACGGGGGGAGGGAGGCGCACCACUCGCCCCAUUCCUCCGCUUCGUCGUCCUCCUCGUCUUCCUCCCACCACCAGCGCCACCAUCUCCCCCAGCACUACCACCACCAGAGCACACCGCAGUUGUACCGCGAACGGGAGCGGGAUCACGACCGGGAACGGGAGAAGGAGAGGGACUGGCCCGGAGCGCGGGGACCCGGCGGAGAUCUGGUCCAUCCUCUCCCCUUGCCCUUUUCCCAUCACCUGCCCUCGCGCUCCUCCUCUCAGUCCCUCGCCAUGCUACCACCGCCACCCCCGGCCCCUCCGUCCAUCUCCGGCCCCUCCUCCUCCUCGUCUUCCUCCUCGUCUUCGCAGGGGGCGGUCUACGGAGGUAUUCGGGCCGCCCCCAGUCUGAUGGCGCUGAGAAACAGCCCCCAGCCUCUGAGGAGGACGGCGUCCGGCGGGGGACCCGGGGCGGCCGCCGGGCCUGACGCUGUCCUGAGCCGGAGCACCUCGGUCACCUCGCACAUCUCCAACGGCUCGCACCUCUCCUACUCCUAAUCUCGGAGUCCUCAAAACCUUUUGGCUUCAGGAACACUUUUCCGAGAGAUGUUAUUUUCCCCCAACUUUCCCCACUUAUACUAGAGAAUACUGUUAAUCACUAAACAAUUGGAGACCCCAAAAAUCUGUGAUUCUGAAUGUGACACGAGUACCGCUAGUAGUACGCAGGCUCCCUCUAGUGGUACACGAAAGAAUCACUACCUAAAUUAAUUGGAUUAUAUUCAUAUUUAAGAACUGUUAUUUUAAUUCUGAGUAACUUAAGGCACCAUUUUGAACAGGAGCUUCAUUCCAAUCUCAGUUUGCCUGCCUUAGGCCACGAGGACAUCGGUGGACACGUGAGACAAAGCCAGGCCCCAUUUUGAGCUGCAUCCUGCUCCCUUUAUCCACUCAGGGUGGGAGAGAGGAGAGAGGAAUGUAACACAAGUCGUAUAGUCUUUUUUUUUUUAAAUACUUUUUAGGACUUUUUGUCUCUCUCUCUUCCCUAUCAGAGCUGCAGAUUGGGCAGCUGCGUCUUCUAUGAUGUUCUGUGUCGGAAUGGAGGAACUGAGAAGACAGCUGGGGAAGAACAUGAGGCACUUUGUUGUUGUUUUUGGUGUACACACUGUACUUGUAUGUAGUGUCCAGAUAUAUAAGCACCGUUAAUUUAACCAAGAAGAAAACAAAAGAGUGGCUAAAAUGAGUCUACUUGAGGCUAAUUUAAAAAAAAGAAAUUUAAUAAUUUUUUUGUGUAGGGUUUAAAAAGAAAAAUGUUGCUUGGAACGUCACCAAUGCCUUUAGGGAUGUCAUGUCAUCAAAAUGUGUCUUUGAUGACCACAAGUGAAUGUUUGUAAAGAGAGAAAAGCAGUGUAACAAAGAAGGAAGAUAUUAAUCAUUCAGGCAUCCAUGACGUAUAGAGUAUCUUAACAGACGUCACUUCAAUGCAUGAGCUCGAUGUGCAAAAGACAUUCGUAAGCGUCACCAAAACAUAUUUGAAAAGUAAUGUAACCGUUUCACCGCGCCACAUUUUUUGGAUCUAUAUUGUACAUAUUUAUGUGGAAUAUUAUAAGCCGGUUUUAUAGAGUUGCGCAGAUGCCGACGAGUAAUUUUGAUAUACGGUAUUGUAUUCAAAUCAGUGUUGAAUUCCGAGAUUUCAGAGCAAAUGAUUCCAAAAUGCAUUUUCUAGAGUUGUCAAUAUGACCGUAGGCAAUCCUGAUUGAUUGUAGCUGUCGUCGUAUCAUCGCACUAUUUCAACCUGCGGUUAAAAAGCUGUAAGAAGAAGAAAAAAAAAAAAAAUCAUAUAUAUACUGUCGGGUUCGUGUGUGAGGUAUUAAUGAUUAUUAAUAGGGGGUUAUUGAUAAUUGUUAAUGAUUUAUGUAUGUGUGUAGACCAGUGAAGUCAAGUCAUGAUGACACUUUUUGAAUGACAAUAAUCAAAAGACACGACAGCAACCUGUUGAAUAUACAUUCAUGCGUUUUCUAUUUCAUUUCAGGAGUCAUCCGGACAAGCGUGAGGCCAUCGGCAUUGAUAAUUUAAUCUUCUGAGCAUCCUCGAAUCGGUGCAGGUAAAAGUUGAUCACACUUCAAAACUUUCAGAGGGGCCAAUGCCCCCGCCGCCCCCCCCCCCCCUUCGAACUCCGCCAGAACUUUCCAGGUGGCAAUUUGUAACAGUGAUGGCUUUUUGACAAGCGUACAAAAACUGCCAAUGGCCUCAGGUUUGUCUGAAUGAUAAAAUUUGAAUUUCUAUCUGUUUUAUAUUAGCGGUGCUCCGUUCAAUCGGCUACUGGCCGAUUUCGCUGUAUGUGAAAUUUCAGGAUGACAUUAAAUGCACCACAGUCUCUCUGCUGCGAUCUGCUGAUGACACUCUUUGAAACUAUAAACUGAUUGGUUUGAUUGGUAAGGUCAAAAGGUCAAAUAAGAUUAACCUUUAAAGCUAACAUUCUGUGUUCAUCUUGAAAUUUCACUCCAAAACAGAUCCCUAAUUUUUUGGUGAGUCGCAUGUACAUCACAUACAGAAGAGGAACGUGGACUCACGUGAACUCUGACCUCCAAUUUUUUUUUUUUUUGGCCACUGGAAUGUUUACAGGCUGUUUACAGUUUUUAAUUUUCAAGUGUUUUUUUUUUUUUUACUUUGAUUCAGGACUACACAAAGCACAGGAGGACAAUGAAAAUGAGAACACAUGAACAGGGCCAGGCCUCGACCGAGCCGCCGGCCGGGUCACUUCCGAGCCGGCGGCAGUGACGCUGCUGAGGUCCAAAAGGUCCUUUCCCCAACCUUCCCUGGAGGUCUAAACGAACUGAAUCGGAAAGGAAAACCUCACCGCCGCCGUUGUUUGUUUUGACACCAGAAUCUCAGUGCAUGCAUGCGUUAAGACUCCUCAAUGAAACAAAAGCUGUCAACAUGCUGGGUUGUGUCCUGCGUGGACGACUUGUCAAGUGUGAAUCUCUGCAGAAGCAGAAGGAAGUGGCGAGACGUGCAAGGUAUUUUGAACAUUUUAAUCAAGUAUUCCGGGUGUUGGAAACAAAAUGGGGUGCUUUAGACUAAAGUUAAUAAAUUGAUAUGAACACA